CCUCGCACAUUGCAACAUUGUAUAAGUAGCCGCCCACCCAUGACGUCACGCCUAGCCCCGCCCUCACUCUCGGAGCCCUGCGCUCUGCAUUCUGGGCCAGCCGCCAUGUUUUUCCAGGUUCCGGGGCGGCCGGGGGGCGGGGCUUAGCCACAAGAUUCCAGAGAGACAGCAGCUCGGUGACACCCGGGGGCCGCCGGGACGGUAAAUACGGCCACAGCCACCGGGGACACCCCAAUAACUAACUGCCCCCCAGAGAGAGAGUUACCCCAAUAACUAACUGCCCCCCAGAGAGAGAGUUACCUCAAUAACUAACUGCCCCCCAGAGAGAGAGAGAGAGAGUUACCCCAAUAACUAACUGCCCCCCAGAGAGAGAGAGAGAGAGUUACCGUUACCCCAAUAACUAACUGCCCCCCAGAGAGAGUUACCCCAAUAACCAACUGCCCCCCAGAGAGAGAGUGUUACCCCAAUAACCAACUGCCCCCCAGAGAGAGAGUUACCCCAGCAGCUAACUUCUACACAGAGAGCACCGCCAGCAACCAACUGCCCCCAUUGUUAGGUAAGCUGGGGCUGCUGGCUGAGCUCUUGGGGUUCCUGACUGGAUUUGGGGUGUCAUUGCUCCAGCCAUGGAUGGCCCUGAGGCAGCUGAAGGGGACAAUGUCCUGAACCUGUGCCGCCUAGGGCUGGAGAACUUAAGUCAGGAGCUGGAGAACCUGAGCAUGGAGCAGGUGGCAGAGGACAGGAGAAAGGAGGUCCACCAGCUGCUCCUCUCACACAACCGGAUGAUGGUCCUACCCCCACAGGUGGCCACCUUCUCCAACCUCCUGCUCCUGGACAUCAGCAACAACAACCUGGCUUACCUGGGGGAGCACAUAUUGGGCCUCACCAAACUCCGAACACUGCUGGCCAAAAACAACCGCCUGGAUGAGUUCUCCCUCCCCAAGGAGAUGGGCAGCAUGAAACUGGAGGUGCUCAACCUGAGCGGGAACCAUUUUGAGGAGAUACCCAGCCAGAUCAUGCAGCUCCAGACCCUCAAAACUCUCUCUUUAGGGGGGAAUCGGCUGAAGGGCAUCCCAGAGGAGAUAGACAACCUGAUCAGGUAGAGUCCUGGCUUACCUUUUUACACCUGAUAUCCUCCAUGCUGGGACAGGGUACCCUUUCUAUAAGUUAGUCAGAGUUAGGCUGUAGUUCUAGCUUAUUACAUGUAAAUCUAGGUUGUCUCGUGGAACUGUGCUCUUGCAGCUCUUGCUGUGGACUCUUAAAGUCUGAAAAUGUUCAUGAAUGGUGACUGGGACUAAAAUAGUUCUUUACCAUCUGUCACUCCAGUGAUUGCUAAUCUUGGCAUGUUUCUCAACUGUUUCCUAUGACCUUCAGCCAGCCAUCACUGCUUUAGGUAGUACGCACUUUGUUCCUGUUUGUCAGAAUUGUUGUCCAUUGUGCAGUUCUAUAGAAUAUUUUGGAGAUUUAUAAAUAAGUUGCCGUUUUGUUUUCUUACCAACAACCUUUACCAAAGUACACGUUUUCCAACCGUUUCCGGACUCUUUAUCUACUAAGUGCCACAAAUAAGAUUCUGAAGUCUGGACCUCUAGCGGGGCUCCAUAAACUGGCGUACUUUUGUUCACUAAUUAAUAAACUGAAAUUGCUAACUUUACGGCAAAAUAAAUGAACAGUGAAAUCUGCUGAGUUGGAGAAUUUUUCCAAUUUGGCUAUAUAAUGGUUUAAAAUGUGCUGUGUGUUUGUUUGUUUUUUUGUUGUUGUUUUUUUUGUUGUUUUUUUUUUUUUAAUUCUGAAUAAUUGUAUAUCUAUUUCUGCUCUUUCCCUGAAAAUAAGACCGGGUCUUAUAUUACAUUUUCCCCUGAAAAACAUACUAGGGCUUAUUUUCAGGGGAUGUGUUAUAUCUGGGAAAAACACUGGCAAGCAUGUGAUAGAAAGCAGGUCUACAUUCUGGGGAAUUCGACCAAGUUACUCGUGAAUGGAAUCUCGCAAAUCUAUGUUCAUGGAAACUUCCCUGAACAUAGAUUAAUUCACUCACAAAUGGAAUCCAGCGAAUGUAUGUUCAGGAAAAAUUCCCCGAACAUAGAUUAGCAAACUAGCGACUAGGGCUUAUAUUACAAGUAUACCCCGAAAAGAAGCAAGGGUUUAUUUUUUGGGGGGGAAACCAGGUAUUGUGCUGGCAGUGUUUCUAGUGAAUUUAUAUAAAUUGGGGAGGGGGACUAUUUAAAAUUGGGUCAAAAACAUACAUUUCCAUAAAACUCAGAAAGUACCCCAAACUCCAUGGGAACCACACAAAAGUCAUAUCCCCUGAUAGCCCCAAUCUGGGGGACCAACAUAUUGAAAAAUCAACUAGAUCGGAUAAGGGGUUCACGUGUUACAUGGAGGUCUUAAUUUGACCGACCGCACACGAUGCUCCUGCCCAGAAAUAAUUCCAUGAAAUUGGGCUGUGCGGUCGGUCUGUUUAGCAAAGUACAAAAUAACAACGAAUAAAUGCACGAACGGUUCCCCUAGUUCGUAGGAACAAAUCUACCGAAUAGCGCUCUCCUGGCUGUUUGGUGAAAGGAAGCAGGCAUUCGGGAAGUCGAGUGUCCGAUUUUUGGUUCCGGACACUCAAUGACGAAGUACUGCUGCCUCCUUUCGCACGAACAAGAAGGCCACCAUUUUCUCUACUAUACCAACGGCGGCCACACAGAGCACACUUAAUUGGCGGUUUUCUUUGAAGUGAAUGAUCCAGGGGGGUGGUUGGUGUUCGGGAGUUGUAUCUACCGAACAGGGAAAAAGAAAAGUACCGAAAUAACUGGGGUACUUUCUUUACAGUAACGUUUAUAAAACAUAAAUGACAUUUAUUAAUUAGGGAUUAGGCAAAUCCGUUAUAUCUCCAAAUGUUGAUAUCUUACUACCCUAAAACAAGCCAAGGCAAGUCUUUGUGUGGUUUUCAUAAAAUGGGAAUUUACAAAGUGUAUGCCAGGAUAACAAGUUUGACAGAGGAUGAUGAUUAUGAUUGUUUUUUUUGUUUGUUUGUUUUUUAAUUUAGCAAAAUGCUACAUAAUUUGAUGUUAAUGGGGUAUUCAAUAAACUGUGGAGUGUAAAGUGCAGGCUAAAAUAUCUCCGUUUUAAAAUGUUUUUCAGUGUUGCAGUUUUUGAUCUAAACUUUUCAAUUCAUUUUUUAACUUCUAAUAUUCCACAAACCUCUGGAAUACCUGUUUAGUGACUGAAUCCUAUCACUGGGUUUUAAACGUGUGAUGUUUGUGAAUAUGUAAGAGAAUGAGAGAUUUAUAGUAGAAAACUCACAGAUUCAACAGGGCAGGCAUAUCAAAGAAGAUUAUGGAUUAACCUGUGGUCUUUCUACUAUCGCUACUAUUUUGCUACCUUGCUGUGCGGUGACCCGGUAGUGUAGUGGAGAGUAGCUUUAACUUAAAGGAGCACUAUAGGGUCAGGAACACAAACAUGUUUUGCUGACCCUAUAGUGUUAACAUGACCAUCUAGCCCCCCUGGGCCCCUUAUGCCUCCAUAAAUAUAGUAAAAAUCUUACCGUAUUCAAGCCAGAAGCUGUAAAUCUGCAUGCUGUUAGACUCAGGAAAAACAAGCAGUCUGCUGACAUCAUCAUAAGUGGUAGCCUGAUCCAAUCACAGUGCUUCCCCAUAGGAUUGGCUGAGACUGACAAAGAGGCAGAACAGGGGCAGGCCCAGCAUGAUUCAAACACAGCCCUGGCCAAUCAGCAUCUCCUCAUAGAGAUUAAUUGAAUCAAUGAAUCUCUAUGAGGAAAGUUCAGUGUUUGCAAGCAGAGGGUGGAGACACAGUGCUGCCCUGUGCUCUGCUGACAGCAGAUCUGAGUGGAUUGAGGAGUUUUAUGCCUCAACCAACUCGGAAGUCCCUCUGGUGGCAUUCUGAGUGACUGCAACUGGAGGUGUUCCUAGCUUUCAAUGUUAACACUGUAUUUUCUCAGAAAAUAGUGUUUACAUGAGAGAGGCUGCAGGGAGCUGUAGUUCUCACCUGAACAAUCUCAUUAAGCUGAAGUUGUUCAGGUGACUAUAGUGUCCCUUUAACUGAACCUGGCCCUUGUGGGCUCUGCCAUCUUCCUCUGCAAGGUCAUAUUCCGUUACUGGAGCUUUGUCUGCCUGGAGCGGAUGUCAGUGCUGUGCGUGAGAGUCCAACACUGAUGUCAUUGGGGGGGAUCCUGUGGCCUCCAUAAAAAGAGCAUUUUAACUAGUGAUGGUUAAAGGCUUGAUAAAAGGUAACUCUGCCUCUCGUAAAGUGUAGGAAAAAUACAUAAGACUAAGUAGUUCUUAUUUUGUCUUGUAUCUUUUGAAUGAGUUGUAAUUUCAAUGAAAUUUAAGGGAUAUUAAAAUUGGCUUUUACAGUUCUUUCAAUGUUCCAAUUGUUAAAAUAUCUGCUGACUUAUAGCUUUUUGUUUUUAGUGGCGAACAUUUUCUUAGUGGGCAUCUCUCCUGUGUCUGCAGCUGUUAUGACUGUUCUAGAGGUGCGGCGUGAUGUGUAGUGCAGUAUUAGGGCUGUAGUGGGGCCCACACUUUGCUGUGAUCUAUAGAAUGCUGUAAGAAAAGGAUGGGCUGCAGUAAUUGGAUUAAAGAGGGGGGCAGUGUUCGGAGCCUCUUUGCAUUCCGUGGCUGCUCUCCCAGCUCCUCUGGUUUCAUGCUGUGUUGGAUACAGAUCUUUCCAGGAUCAUUAAGGCUCUCACACUAGGUAUGGAAACAAGUUCCUGCUGCCCCUAAAAUAAUUAGAUUAAGCCAAUUCAAGAAUUUGUGCUGUGCUCAUUUUAUUUUCUAUAGAAGCAGAGCUAGGUAUGAUGUGUGUAUGGAAACGCCCAAUUACUGUGAUCGAAACAAACCAAUCUAUUAUGGGAGAACCUGUGACUGUUUUGAAUGGGGAGACAACAUAGACGUGAAAGAAUCUGUAAAAGAUAUUUAUUGGUAAAGGAAAAGGUAAUAAUGUGACGGGCAGCUGUAGUUGGAAACAUAGACGCUUAGAUUUGUGGAAUGAGUAUUGAGGGAGCUGGUCAGAGAUCAUUUACUAUGGACUCCCCAAGGAUGGUGGAGAUUCAUUGGAUGUCAGAGAAACGCGCUGCCCUUCCUAUUGUGUUUUUAUACCCCAUCACUUCUAGAUAGUAAGCUUUUCCGAGCAGGGUACUCAUCAAACUAUUGUUCCUCUGAGAUUUUGUAAUUGUCUCACUUAUUGUUAAAUUUCCCCUUUUUAUAAUCUGGUAAAGCAAUGCGGUAUAUGUUGGCACUAUAUAAAUGGUAAUAAACAAAGCUGUGGGAGUGAUUAGGUUAAAAGAACACUAAAGCAUUAGGAAUACAAACCUGUAUUGAUAACACUAUAGUGGUCUACCCCCCCCCCACUCCAGACUUACUCCAUGCAUCUGCUCACAGGCAGCCCUCAUCCUGUUCAACCAAACCAGUGCUUCUCAUCCAGAAUUAUUGGGGUCAAGAAGCACAUCCAAUCAUUCUUUUCAAAGGAAACCAUUGAAUCCAAUGCUUCCAUAUGAUAAGCAUUAGAGGAGGUUCAAAGUGUUCAUGCAAUGUGUGAGGAUGUCAUAUGUCACAUAAGUCUCACUCUCUAAUAGCCAUUGAAGUACCCGUGGCUGUCAGACCUCCACCAGGGUGUGUUUAGCCCUGCGAUAGAUACAUUACUGUAUCUACAAAACGGCAGUGUUUUACAUGGCAGAACUAAAAGUACAGUGCCUUGUUCAGAUCUAGUUCUAGUGGUACUGUAAUGUUCUGUGUGUCCAUCCAUCUUACAGUAAGAGGAGUGAUUGAGGAAGAUGAUGGGUGGGCCAGUAAGAGUUUGUUGUUUGUGUAGACGUUAGUCAUUUAGCCAAAUGCAUCACAAUCGUCCAGACAGGAGUUGUGUUUGAGUCAGGGCCGGCCCUGGCUCCAGGCGGCACUUUUACAUGGGCGGCAUUUUGCCGUCCCGGACCCUACGUACUCCUAGAUAUGGACUCUCGGGUGGGCUGCUGGUAGUCCAGUGUGUGGUUCCGGCCUGCACUCUGACGUCAUCGCAGCUCACCGGACCACAGGGAGUCCACCAGCAGCCCACCGGGCCACCAGGGACCCACUGAACCGCAGGGGGAGGGGGGGGGGGGCAAAUAAAUAUAGAGAGAUGGUGAGUGACUAAGUGGAGAAAAUGCCAGUAUGUGGGGAGACUGUGUUUGUCUCCCCACACUGACUAAAAAUGCACCCUAACCUACCUAAACUUGUCACCCUAACCCUGUCACACAAACCACCCUAACCCUGUCACAGUAACCCACUCAACCCUGUUACCAUAACCCCCUCUAGCCCUUUACAAUAACCCACCUAAACCUGUCACCCUAACCCUGUCACUCUACGCAUCACUCUAACCCUGUCACACUAAUCCCCCCUUGCCUUGUCACGCUAACCCCCCAACCCUGUUGCCAUAACCCCCUCUAAUGCUGUCACACUAACCCUGUCACCCAUACGUCACCCUAACCCUGUCACACUAACCGCCCUGUCACACUAACCCCCCCUCUAGUCCUGUCACACUAACCCCCAUAACACUGUCACCCUUACCCUCACCCUAACCCCCCUUCUUACCCUGUCACACCAACACCCUCCCACAUUCACUUACCACCUCUUACGCUGUCACACUUACCCAUUAUAAAACAAUGGUAAAUACAAAAGGUAAAAAAGUAUACAAAUGCUACAGUCACCUAGUGUAGGUCACCCAAACCACACAAUAAUAGUGAAUAAAAAUGUAUAUAAAAACUGGUGAGAGCACACUAAAAGUGUGUAUAUAAAAUACAAGACAAUAUUACCAUCAAUAAGUAGAUACCUAAAAAGAUGAUAAAUGGUAGAACAUAGUGAACUCUGUAUGUACAAUAAAAGAUGGUGUAAGUGCAAAUCGGUCUCGCUCACAAUUUGCUGAGCCAACUAGAGUGAACUCAAACUAAAAGCGCCUUAGGAAUAAAUAUAGUUGAGAUCAGGAAUUGGCAGCAAUAACUGGAUGCUCCGCAGGUUGCUGGAUAUAGAUUCUCCCUUUGGGUUCCCACAGAGUUGAAACCACGAUGAUAGGAAGUGACCAGGAACAAAUUUAUUAUAAAAUAUAAAGAGAUCUCAGAUAUACAAACACAUAACUGCACUGACGCGUUUCGACAAAUCGUCUUUACCAAAGUGCUCUGUGAGCACAUAGAUCAUAAUAAUUAUGUUUCAUAUACGAGUAUUUGGUGUGAAAUGAAAGCCCUGUUUCUCCUGAACAAAAUGAUAUAUAAUAAGUGUGGGUGAACUUAAUAUGAAAGAGGUGAAUUAUGGUUGGACAGACAUAUAGCGCAAAUUCCAGAUUUUGUUUACAUUUUGUUUUGAUCAGAAUGUGUACAAUUGGCUCUGUCCUUAAGGGGUUAAUCAUUUCUUAUUUUUUUUAAAUGUAAUGGGAGGAAGAAACCGUGCUGGAAACACAUAAUAUUUUGGCACAUUUGUUUCUAUUUCCUCUCACCUGCAAUGUUUGCCAUGGCUUUGCCUUGUGUUAUUGGAUAUAUACUGUUUAUACUGGUUUAUGGUUAAACAAUUAACAAAUGUUUUAGAUUUCAGAAAUUGUUAGUGGGCUUUUCUCCCAUUUGAUUCCAUUCAGUUUGUGCGAUUCUGUUUUCACAGUCAUUAUGACAAUGCACUCUUACACAACAUCUGCUGUGCUCCCCCGUGACCUCCUCCCCCAGCUCUCUCUCCCCAUGUCGCCCCCAACCAGCUGAUUGUCCGCUUUCCAUCCAUAUUCUGUGGAUUCUGUGCAGUGAUUGAGAGGUUACGUGAUGUUGUCUGCGCCUCCCAUAUCCUGUGUUGGUGAUCAGCAGAUUUGUAAAGUGUGUAUAAAGUUCAUGGCAGCAGUAGAGCUGAUAGCAGCGUGGAUGGGACUGUGUGUGAUCCCUGGCACCUGUCACUGACUGUCUGAUUCCUAGAAACUUCUCUCCCAGGAAGUGUGUAGAGUGUUCGCAGACUCUGUGCUUGGUGACUGUUAUUAUCUGUGCUAUAUACAGGUUACUGUAUAUUAUAUUCCAAUCAUUAUACAGCACCGUGUGUAUUCUGUCACUAGUUUGGGGUACAACAAAUAAUCCUUUACCCGCCUAAGCAACUAAGCCACGUUAUCUGUUAAGGAGAAUUGGGGAGGGAGGUGACAGAUGAGUUCACUGUUUAGAUCUGUAAAUUGGCGAAAUUCAUGGAGCAACAUUUCCUGUAUUGGAUGCGGGGAUGGGAAUACAGGGAAUGGCAUUGCCUGUUUGGGGUACAGCAGUGGUUUAUAGGAAGCAGCGUUGCUUUAAGGGGCGCGGGAGUGGUAUACAGAAAAGGGCGUUUCCUUAUGGGGUUCAGGAGUGGUCUACAGAAAAGGGCGUUACCUGUAUGGGGUACAAGAGUGGAAUGCAGAAAAGGGCGUUACCUGUAUGGGGUACAAGAGUGGAAUGCAGAAAAGGGUGUUACCUGUAUGGGGUACAAGAGUGGAAUGCAGAAAAGGGCGUUACCUGUAGGGGGUACAGGAGUGGUAUGCAGAAAAGGGUGUUACCUGUAUGGGGUACAAGAGUGGAAUGCAGAAAAGGGCGUUACCUGUAGGGGGUACAGGAGUGGUAUGCAGAAAAGGGCGUUACCUGUAGGGGGUACAGGAGUGGUAUGCAGAAAAGGGCGUUACCUGUAGGGGGUACAGGAGUGGAAUGCAGAAAAGGGCGUUACCUGUAGGGGGUACAGGAGUGGUAUGCAGAAAAGGGCGUUACCUGUAGGGGGUACAGGAGUGGUAUGCAGAAAAGGGCGUUACCUGUAGGGGGUACAGGAGUGGUAUGUUACCUGUAGGGGGUACGGGAGUGGUAUGCAGAAAGUGGUGUUACCUUACAGUGUGCGGGAGGGGGGAUAUAGGGAGUCAUGUUACUCGGUGGGGGUGGAUAAAGGGAACUGUGUUAUCUGUAUGGGGCAUGAGGGGUAAAAGGAGCAGUGUUAUCUGUACUGGGCACAUAGGAGGGGAAUACUGAGACACAGCCCCAGACAGAUACAUGAAAGAUGUUAGGAAGUGGAGUUUGCUAGCUGACCUGCCCAGACAUCGUUUCCAUUAGCUCUUAAACUUACGUUUUAAUCGUAACGAUAUCUGCCGUCCUGAAACUAAUCCAGAUUCCUCCGUCACCUAGCCAGAUUCUGCAAGGCAAGCAGCAUUGCUAGAUUCCUUUUAAUGACUCAAAAACCACCCCAAUGGAAGCACAGACCUGGCGCCUACUAAAUGCUGACACUUCAGUGCCUAGAGGCGCUCCACUAUUGUACAGACUUCCUCACCAGCAAAGAAAAUAGCCAUUAAUAGUGUCUAUCGUCUCCUACUCACCUCAGGACCACUAUGGUGCGAGACGUAAACCUCAGAUGCAUCACCCUACCAGACAAAAUACAAAUUAUGUCCACAUUAAAAGGUAAAUAAUCUUUAACCUUUUGAGAUUUCAUUACCUUCUAUCAGGAUCUUACAAGGACCACCCUUCUUCUACAAAACCUUUUGGUCUAGUCGCGGCCCAACUGAGCUCUGCAGGAAUAUCCCACCGAUGGUGUGCAAAUAAUGAUGUUGAAGUUAGCUUCUUAUUCGCAGGCUGAAGUUAGCUUUUUAUUCAUCUAACUUUUUUAUUCAUUCAAAAUGUAUGUAAAUAUUAUGAACUGUGCAAAAUAAAUAUUACUUGAUUUAAUAUAGUAUUUAUAUGCAAGCCAUAUUUCUACACAUUUCUGAUAUAAUAAUGAAAACAAUAAAAAGAAUAAUCAAUGUUAUUAGUUACAUAAAUUAAGUUGGCUUAAUUCCAAUUGGCUCUUGUUUCUGUAAAGUAGUACAUUUUAUCUUCCUCUUCAAAAAUAAAUAACACAUUUGCCACUUAAAUGGGGCAUCAAGAUGCCACCUUCAAAUCAAUGCCAUUCUAACUAAAUCGUGAAUCCAUGUUGGCAUUGAUUUCUAUACACUGCACACUCCUCUUCGUCAUACAAUAAUAUUUAGCCUGAGCCAAAGCACUUUUCAUAUGAAAACCUGGCACCAUCAACUCAGCAUGCAUUUCAAUAGGGAUUUCUGAAUAGGUGAAGGACAUUGGGGUUGCCCCCAUAAUUACUGCAUAGAACAGUGUUUCAAUGCCGUUUCUGUGGUAAUGUGGUAAACCUCCAUGGAAAGAAUGGCACUCUGUAGCUGGUGCGUAAAUUUUGUACGGCACCAGUUAACGGUGUUAAUAGUGGGCAUUGAAUGAUCAAUGCCUGUUAAUAGAACUCUAAAGACAUGUCCUGUGUUAACAUGGGGAUUUGAAUAUAGGGCAUUAUUUUAUACACUGCCAUUACAGAUUAUAAGUUGGCAUCACAUCAUCUCGGUUAUUGGUUACCAUCAAGAGCUGUUAGGUUAUAUGUUCUGGCUUAAUGCCACGUGUAUCACGGUUUCAUGUUCACAGUGUGGAUGGCCACAUUGAUUAGCAAUGCAUCACUGCCACUUCAGAGGAGUUCAGGCGCCAAAAUCUCAGGAUAUUGCUAAUUGGCUUAAUAUAAAGGUCCAGUCAAUUCACAUAACUGCCCUGAAAUGUGUCUACCCAUAAAUGUUUCUCUAAUGUUUAAAACCACUCCAGCACUUAUCUACAACCCUGCAACUUUCUGUGUGCCGUGUCAUUCACACCACACACACCACGAGGGGGGAAUCAGUGCAUAAAUGCUGUGUGGCCAAAAUAAAAUCAAUUUACUCCCAGAACCGUGUGUCGUCCAGAUACUAGGGGAAUAUUUUACUGCUUAUUUCAACUACGAAGACUACCAAGCGAAGAUACCUGUGCUAGGUAUUGGAGCUCUGCUACAGUUUUCAUAUAGGAAAACUUUUGGUUACUUAUUCAGAAAUCCCCAUUAAAAUGCAUUGAGUUGAUGGUGCCACUUUGAUGCCAGUUUUUUUAAUCGAAAUUGUAGUUUGGCUCAGGCUAAAUAUUAUUGUAUGACGAAGAGGGGUGUGAUUUCCUUGUAUAGAAAUCAAUGUCAAUAUGGCAAAGAUGGAUUUAGUUUAAAUGGCAUUGAUUUGAAGGUGGCGUCUUGAUGUGGCCAAUGUGUUAUUUAUUUCUUUUUUUGAAGCGGAAGAUAAAAUGUACUACUUUACAGAAACAAGAGCCAAUUGGAAUUAGAUAAAUUAAUUUAUGUAACUAAUAACAUCUAUUUUUAUUGUUUUCAUUAUUUAUAUCAGAAAUUUGUAGCAAUAUGGCUUGCAUAUGGAUACUAUAUUAAUCAAGUAAUAUUUAUAUUGCACACUUCAUAAUAAUAUUUCCAUACAUUUUGAAUGAAUAAAAAAGGUAGAUGAGAUAAUGGGGCCGAUGUCCUGUAAUGUUCCACAAAAAUGCACUAAUCUAAUGAAACAUACCAACUGCCUGAGAUAUGUUCUACUGCUAUUCAAUGUAAAACCACUGUUGGAGCAGCGGAAACCUGACAGUUCACCCACAAUGCUUCUUUUUGUACCUUUAUUAUGUGCACAAAAAUACAACUCUUUAGUUCCUUAAAGUUAGAUGAUAAUCUAUCUUCUAUCACUGAAUAGGAAGCGAACUUCAGCCUGCGAAUAAGAAGCGAAAUUAAUCAUGUGCAAAUGGCUCUUUGGCGGUGACUCUGGAUGGGAUGUCGCAUUUUCCACCAUCGAUGGGAGAGGCCUUGGCUUUCUUGAGAACUCUGGGUCUGUCUAUCCUGACAACUUCACCCACAGGACCGCCAAUGGGGUCUUUGGACCCCUCUACGAUCACCCGUUUUGUCCGAGGGCUAAGAGUUCAUAACUAGCGGAUACAUCUGCAUAACAUGCAUUCUUAGGUAUUUGUGUCAGUAACUUUUCCGUUUUUGACUCCUGCUGAAUAUGUGAUUUCCAUGCACCUAAAUUUGGUUAGGGAAAGGCAAGUAAGGCUGUGACUUGUAAUAUAGCCUUAAGGAAUGAGCGUAUGGGAUUAUCAAUACUGUCUGCAUGUAAUGUAGAAACUGAGGAACCCAUCGUGGUGGGUUAUAUCCCCUAUGGUUACAGACAGUUCAAUGGUAAAAUAUUAGGUCCUUUACAUCUGAUUACAGGAUGACGUGUUAACAACAGACCAUGAAGAAAAGCUCUAUUGGAUAAAUGUAACAAUUGUAGUAAAAUAUUUGAGGCUGAUCUCAAAUAAAACAAGUAUACUCUUAAACUAUUCAAAAUUGUAAUGUCUUAGACUCGUGUAUAUAUUAACAGAAAAAAGGGAGGGAAUACCUCGCUCAAAAAAAUAAAGAAAGAAAGAAAUUUCAAAAUAACUGCUGACCACAAAUCGUCUAAUACACUGUGAAUCCAUGAAUAUGUUAUAGUGAUAUUGGAAUUGGCCUAGAAUUCAGUAUAUGCUAUGUGUUGACACCCUUGAAAUAAGCCAUAAUUACAUUUAUUUAGUUAAACAAAAAACUGAGCCUUAAACAUUAAAGGACCACUAUAGUGCCAGGAGAAAAUACUCGUUUUCCUGGCACUAUAGUGCCCUGAGGGUGCCCCCACCCUCAGGGUCCCACUCCCGCCGGGCUGAAGGGGGGAGGAAGGGGUUAAUCCCUUACCUUUUUUCCCCCGCCGGGCUCCCUCGGGACUGGGACUCUCCUCCCUCUUCUUCUGUCUUUGGCUGAAGGCGCAUGUGCGGCAAGAGCAGCGCGGCGCAUUCAGCAAGUCUCAUAGGAAAGCAUUCUCAAUGCUUUCCUAUGGAAACUGGCGUUUUCUAACUGUGAAAAUCACAGUGAGAAGCGCUUCUAGCGGCUGUCAAUGAGACAGCCUCUAGAGGCUGGAUUAACCCAUAGGUAAACAUAGCAGUUUCUCUGAAACUGCUAUGUUUACAGCAGGCAGGGUUAAUCCUAGAUGGACCAGGCACCCAGACCACUUCAUUGAGCUGAAGUGGUCUGGGUGCCUAUAAUGGUCCUUUAACUGUAAAGAAAAAAACCUUUCUAAUAUGGACAAUGCGGCUGUCAUUAACAGUCAAAUCGAGAACACCUGGAGUGCACCGCAGUAAAUACAGUCAAUCAAUAUAUGGAUACUGUAUCAACUAAUAUUGCAGUUGUCCUCCGCUGUUGUAACCAAUUGUAGUUUUGGGGUAUUUUAUUUUGUAUUUUUGGGGGGGGGUGCAUAUUUAUUGUAUUUUGAUAGUAUUUUGUGCAUUUUCUAUUGUGUGUAUUUUUAACACUCCUGUGAUGCUGAAAGAUGUUUAAAAACCUAGAAUACUGGCCAUUUCACCUGUGAAUCUAUGACCUGUGUCCGCUUUCACUCCUGGUUUGAAAGCUGUGUGUUACCGCAGUGUGAUUGGCAUGUUUUGGGGAUGGAUUUAUUGUGUGUGUAUGAUAUAGAAUGUUUGUUUAUGGUGAGGGCAUUAAACCUGAUUCUUUUCUCUCAGGUCAAUUUAUUUAUUUACCUUUUUCCCAUUUUUUUUUUUUUCAGCCUGGAGUUCCUAUACCUGGGCGGUAAUUUCAUCACAUCUAUCCCACCAGAACUGGCCAACUUACCAUAUCUCAGUUACCUGGUCCUAUGUGAUAACCGGAUCCAGAGCGUUCCACCGCAGCUCGCACAGUGAGUCCACAAAGCUCAUUCCAUCAUUUGGCUUUUGCAUAGUCUGGGAUAUAGACUGUAUAAUUUAUUGGCCUGACUAUAACUAUAUGUAAAUAUUACAAUAUACAUAUUGGGCCUCUAGUUUAAAGGGACAUUAUUAGCAUCCAGGCCAUGUCAUCUCAGUCCCUGUCCACUUAAGCCUGCAAUCUUUUAGAGAAACUGCUAUGUUUACAUUGAAGGGAUAAGACUGCCUCUAGUGGCUAGAGGCGCUUCCUGCUGUUUCACAGAGCUUACUUCAGUGAAACAACAUUGGGCGUCCUUGCGCUCUGCGUCGUAAUGGUGCGCAACCUUUUGAAAAAUGUUAUAGGAAUGCAUUGAAGGGACACUCCAGGCACCCAGACCACUUCUGCCCACUACCCUUAACCCUGCAGCUGUAAAUAUUGCAGUUUUCAUAAACUGCAAUAAUUACAUUGCAGGGUUAACUCCUCCUCUAGUGGUUGUCUUCCUAGUUUCUAGCACAGGUUUUCUGUGCUAGAGCGUUGCUUGACGUCCUCACGCUGUGUGAGGACCUCCAGCGUCGCUCAAUUCCCCAUAGGAAAGCAUUUUCAAUGCUUUCCUAUGGAGAGGUCUAAUGUGCGCGUGGCAUUGCCGUGCAUGCGCAUUAGGACUCCCCCGCCGGCGGCCGCACGUGCGCGACUGGUCUCCCCGGUGGUUUUGGAGCAUGGGCGGACCAAAACCACAGACGAGGGACAUCGGCGGGGGUCUCAGGUAAGUCACUGAAGGGGUUUUCACCACUUCAGCAACAUGGGAUGGGAGGCUGGAGGGAGAGGGUACCUGCAGUGCCAGGAAAACGGUUUGUUUUCCUGGCACUGGAGUGUCCCUUUAAGGUAAUGCAUUCCUAUGGGGAAGGACUAAUGCACUUGGUGCUUGCCACACAUGCCCAUUCGGUUCCCUUUGUAAUGACGCUUGAUAAGGCAAAGCCAGCACCAAGGGACUUCAGCAAUGGAAACAGGUGUUUUUAAAGGGUCAGUAACCCUUUGCAUGCCAUGAGGGGGAGAAGCAGAGGGACAGUAUAGUAUGAGAAAUACAGCUUUGUAUUCCUAACACUACUGUGUUCUUUAAACAUGCCUCACACAGAAUGAUUAUAUUAUAAUGGGUAAUGUGUCCUGUCAGCACACAUCCAUGUGGGAUCGCUUUGCUUGUAAGCAUUCAAGUUUUUCUAAUGCUGAGUUGGCAAUUUUUAUCUAAACAGCCUCAGGGCAAUAAUGUAUUUCAGAUUUCCUUAUCUGUGUUGCAGGGACAAUAUAUUCUGAUAAAUCAUUACCUGACACGGUUUAAUGUCUAUGAACUUCCUCCACUUAUCGGAAACAGACCCUUGAGCUCAACUAAUCUGAGGAUAACCUCCAGACAGGACCAUAUUCUUUCUGUAGGAACACUGGGGUGUGAUAGCACCUUCUAGAGGCACAAAGUCAUAUUCCUGGACAGGAUUUCUAUUUAUUUUUUAUUAACUGUAUUCUGUAUUUAUUUAGUCGUUCCUAGAAUUUGAUUUCAUUUCACAAUUCCUAUAGGUGGGUAACAGUGUAUCCCAUUAAAGGGUGACUUCCCAAAGUAAUAAAAUUAAGAAAGAAGGUGGUGUGCUUGAACUAUUUAGAUGUGGUAUCUCAAACUGCAGUGGUCAUGGUGCUUGGAGUAACCGUUUAACACCCGGUGAGUGUAGGCGAUUGAUGCAGAAAGGGUACAUUCAACUUUCCAAGUAUGUCUUGGGGUCUCCGACUAUUACUGAAGUAAAAUGCUCGGUGGGCUGAGGAGUGAUGGGAGUUGUAAGAUUGUAUAUCUCCAUUAUUCCUUCCCCCAGGCUAUUUGAUUCCUUUGCUUUUGGUGCAGUAUUCAUUGUAUUUUAGUGUCGGACGUCUGCGGAUAUCUCUCGUGACUGGGUAGGCAGCCCUCUCAGGAUUCCCAUUAAACUGGGUUGGUAGAGGAUGGUAUAUCUAAACUGGACACCAGGAAAGUGAAGAUUUUAAAAGCUACACUCCACCCUCUUAUUGACCUGAAUUGUCACACAGACUGCAUCUAAAACUUGUCUCAAUUUCAUUUCUACUUCCACAAGAAAAGUGUGCUCUUUGAUAGCUUUUUGUUUUACUCUGAUUCUUUUUUUGUUGCAGGGUGUAUUCUCUACGCUCACUCAGCCUCCAUAAUAAUCUCCUGACAUAUUUGCCCCGUGAAAUCCUUAGUUUGGUGCACUUGCAGGAGCUCAGUUUGAGAGGAAACCCACUUGUAGUAAGAUUUGUUCGCGAUCUGACUUACACUCCACCAUCGCUACUGGAACUGGCUGGCCGAACCAUCAAAAGUCGUGGCAUUCCAUAUGGCCCGUGGGAGCUCCCUGAAAACUUACGGAUGUAUCUAGACCUGGCCAGCAAAUGCCCCAACCCCAAGUGUAGUGGUAAGCGUGUACAUUUCUGAACAAUAUAAUUCUAAAUAUUGGGAUAGUGGACUCUCCUGUUGUGUAAAAAUGGCCUGCAUUCAUUAUAAUAUCCUUUUAUUAUUAAUGGCGGGGAACCAAAUUUAUUUUAAAAUGUCUAACAGUAAACUUAAACAUGUUACCAUCAUUCUGGCUCUAGAAUGUUACCGCAGUGCCUUCAUUAUCAUUUAUACAGCGCAAGCUUCUUUUCAUUGAUACAUUUGCUGGUAGUUUCUUUGGUGACAAUAAUAGAAUGUAUUGUAUGUGUGGAAGGAGGCAUUCAGAUGUUUGUUUAUACAUAACCGAUCCACUUUAAGUGUAUGAAAUUUGUGGUUUGAUUUGUUAGUUUUGCAUUGUCUUUCUUUCAGCAGGUGCAGAGUUUAAGUGUAAACUCUAAAUUUGUCUUUUUUUGUUUUUUUUCCCCAGGUGUUUACUUUGAUUCUUGUGUGCGCCAGAUCAAAUUUGUGGAUUUUUGUGGAAAGUAUCGCCUGCCUCUCAUGCACUAUCUAUGCUCCCCAGAGUGCUCCUCACCCUGCUGUUCAGCUUCUCACAGUAGUGAGUCUGACUCCGAAGAUGAGGCCAGUGCAGCUGCGCGCAGAAUGCAGAAAGUACUUCUGGGAUGAUGUGAAGGGUUGACGCUUCCCCUGGUACCAACUGAAUGGAAGAACCUGUCUGGGCAAGCGACAGUGUAAGACCGUUGUCUACUUCUUGUUACUCAGCGUCGGUUAAUCCUUUAUUGUGGGGCCAUGUGCCAAAUCCCAUAUCUGGGUCAGAACAGGGUGAUCCAGCACCAGAUCCCGGUGUGCCAUUUGAACUCUGACACUGUGGGCCCCUCUGUAGCUGCACCAUGUACUCUGCCGGUCUAAAGGACAAGGAAAUGUGUAGCCUCUUCUGGAGUAAACACAAUAAGAUUCAGAGACUGGAGUAUUCGAUUAAUCUCCUCCAUUAACUUUACAAUAACCACCAUGUUUAAAUCAUUGCUGGUUGAGGCUAUUCUCUAUUAACUUAGGGCUCUGGUUCUAUCGUUGUUCUGUCAUUGUUGUCUAUCGUAUGACAUAAACUGACCUUGUGUGGCCUUUCCUCCUCUCUGGACACCGUGGUACUUCUUGCCCAAGUUCAAGUUUAAACCUGUUUAGAAUAAUGCUGUCUCUUAAACAACUGAGUGACACUUGGCAUAUUACACAGAAAAAGAGACACCGACAACAAUAGUGUUAUAUUGAUACAUGUACCAUGUACAUGCUGUGGGUUCUAGAACCCAGUAAAGACUCUGAUGCACACAAUGGGUACCUGGAACAUAGCAAACCUGCUUCAGAAUCCAUCUGUAUUGCAUCCUGUAAGCAGUGUACAGCCAGCACUGAUCGGGGUCCUUUGCCUAGACAUGUGUCAUGGGAACCACUGCAGGAGAGACAGAGCUCGACACUUGUCAGUCUUGUAAAUAGACAGUUUAUUUCCCCAGACCUGUCUGUGGGGUAUUCUGUUUCUUUUUGUAAAUGAUGUAACUAUAAGAAAUAACCUGUUACUACUUCAGUAGUGAUUAUCUAUAGGGCCAAGCCACCACUGCCCCACACUUAUCUUUAUAAGGUGAAGAAAUCCAGGCUGUCAACAUUUUUUGUUUUUGUUUGCAGCUACGUGUCUGGUUUCUGAGAACGAACCCAGGAAUUGCAGCAAUAAUUUGAAGAACAUAAAGCAUUUAAUAAUCAGACUUGUGUGGUGUUUCAUUUUGUUUUUCAUUGUAGUUGGUUAUUUGUUUUAAUUGACCUUGUCUCCUAUAAAUGGCUUUAAUAUGCAAUACACUCUUUUAACAGUGUUAUAUAUAUUUUUAUGUCUUGGAUAAAAUGCAGCAGGUCCAGGAUGGGUUAUAUAUUGUGUGCCAGUGAUAUAAAGCAAUGCAGGGCACGCUCGUUAUGGAUUUACGUGGCUGAUCAGAGACAUUCCAACCAUUUCAUUAUUACAGUAUGUAACAGACUCCAUAAAAUGAAUAUUUGGGUAUGUAUUGGUAAGGAUUGGAACCACCUGAUUUCCACAAAUAAAGACUAAUGGUUCAUAUGUGAUGAUAUCCUGAUCAGACCAAGGCUUCUUGUAAACACUGAGAGUUAGUAAAAAUGAAUGUAUCUAAUGCUCCCAGCUUCUCUGUGGCCCCAAUUACAAAAGCAACUCACUCAUGUACGCUUUUGAUUAGUGCAGGACCUCCACAAGCAUGUGGCCUCCGACAGAGGCUCUGCUUACCCUUCCUUAAAGUUAGGCAUGAAACCGUGUAUUAAAAAAACAAAUUAGAAAACUUGGGCUGAAAUAUCCAAGUUAUGAGCAGGUUGGAGAUAUCCCAAAGCAACUGCUUUAGUCUGGCUAUUGCCAUUAGCUUUUGUAAUCCACUGCUAAGUGAAUAUGCUUUAACGUGUUAUAUAGUAUACAGUGUACAGUUUACCCUCUUAAACCCAUACACUUUCCAACUGAAAAAAGCAUCACUCUCUGCACUAUGCAAGGCUGUGUACUGAUAAACUUGGCAAUUAUGGUGAACCAACUGACUGCUAAAUUAGCUGAUUUAUAAAGAGAAAGAUUGGCUAUCCUAACCUGAAUUUUGAAAUUUAGUUUAUUUCACCGAAUAGCAUUGCAAAUUUUAUGAGCACAGGAAACAAAUCUAGUACCAAAAUGUGACAUAAUGCUGCAUGGAACAAAGAGAAAAUCCUUGUAACAUAUAAGACCACACAGACCAAGCGUACAAACCGCCAUUCAUUCAUCGUGUUUUCUGGAUAAUGGGAGGGGAGCUUCUCAGCCCAACAACAUGUCUAUUUACUAGGAGAGAUCCUCAAUGUAUUACUGUUAUUCUGGUUUCGUAACUUGCAGGUCCCUAAUCUAUUACAACCGGCACACUCACCCUAAUAGUGCAAGUGCAAAAAAUAAGGGAAUUAAAUGAAAUACUAUUUACCCUAUUUAUCAAAAAUCUAUAGUAGAUACAACAAGGAUUCCUCAGGUCCUCAAAACGUCAAAUAAACUAACAGUAUAUCAACAAAGAGAAAUGAAACACAAUUGGGCAGUGCAGUUGGUCCAACAUAAAUAAAUUUGAUUCAAGGAUAAACUCUCAAUCUUUGGUGAAUUAGAAAGCCCAUCACAUGAGACAUAAACUCCAGAUAUGGAACAUCUUCUUCGGUACUCAGAGGUACAUGUAAAAGAAGUAAUAAAAAUACAUAGUGCAACACCUUUCAAGAGUCUGGCUGCUUUAUUGUGAUACACUUACAAGAUUAAAAUGUAAAUCAAUCACAAAUCUGAAGAACUCACUCGAAAUGCUAACAUGCAAGUACUCCGAUCAUAAAAUUUUGCUUUUUCAAGUAUAUGUUAAGGCAAAAUGUAUCUGUAUAAAAUAAAUAAAAAAUUAGUUGUGAACUUAAAACAAAGCUCAACGCGUAUUGUCUUAGUACCAAGACUUCCU